AAAUAGCGCCGAGUGAUGCAGUGCACGCAUGCGGCUUCCUCGGGAGCAAGCGUGCGCCUGGCAACGUCCGGCGCGCCUGCCAGGCGGGGCCGGGCGGCUUCCUCCUCCAAUGAGGCCGGGCCAGAUCAGGCCGGGGAAACCCGCCGGCCGCGCCGCUCCUCGCCUGCGGGCCGGGCCGCACGUCCACCGGCAGGAGGCGGAGGCAGGAGGCGGGACGGAGCCGCCCCGCCGCCGGCUUCGGAGCUGAGCUACCCGGCAGAGCCACACUCGCGCGCAGCCAUGCAGCCGCUUCUCGCCUUCCUCGUGCCUCUCCUCCUGGGCUGCGCAACUUGCGCGCAACCGCCGGGCUCCGCCGAGCAGCGCUGCUUCUGCCAGGUGACUGGCCAUUUGGACGACUGCACUUGCGACGUUGAGACUAUUGACAGCUACAACAACCGCAAGAUUUUCCCCAGCCUGCAGAAACUUUUGGAAAGCGAUUAUUUCAGAUAUUACGAGGUUAACCUAAAGAAGCCUUGUCCUUUUUGGAGCGACGACAGUCACUGCGGAAUUCGAGACUGUGCUGUAAAGCCAUGCCCAUCGGAUGAAGUUCCUGGCAGAAUUAGGUCGGAGAGUCACAACAAGUAUUCUGAAGCCGCUGCCCACCUCGCGGAGGACUGCGAAGAAGCUGAGAGACUCGGAGCCGUUGAUGGAUCCCUGAGUGAGGAAACAGCGAGGGCUGUGAUUCAAUGGACACGGCACGACGAUUCUGCAGACAGCUUUUGCGAAGUGGACGAUAUCCAGUCUCCAGAAGCGGAGUACGUGGAUUUGCUUCUCAAUCCGGAACGUUACACUGGCUACAAGGGACCUGAAGCCUGGAAGAUCUGGAACAGCAUCUAUGAAGAAAACUGUUUCAAACCUCAGUCCGUAAAAAGGCCUUUAAAUCCCUUGGCUUCUGGAAGAGCUGCAGGAGAAAAUGAAGGGAACAUGUUUUACAGCUGGCUGCAAGGUGUCUGUGUGGAGAAGAGGGCUUUCUACAGGCUUAUUUCGGGCCUCCAUGCCAGCAUUAACAUCCAUCUCAGCGCCAGGUACCUCCUGGAAGACACGUGGGCAGCCGAGCGUUGGGGCCACAACAUCACGGAGUUCCAGCAGCGCUUUGAUGAGGUCCUGACUCAGGGCGAGGGUCCCAGGCGGCUCAAGAACCUCUACUUCCUCUACCUGAUAGAGCUGCGGGCCCUCUCCAAAGCCCUCCCUUACUUCCAGCGCCCCGAUUUCCAGCUGUUCACGGGGGCCGAAAGCCAGGAUGAAGAAACCAAGAGCCGCCUUUUGGAAAUCCUGCAUUUAACCAAAUCGUUUCCUUUGCACUUCAACGAAAAUUCACUCUUUGCUGGGAGUCAAAAAGAAGCAGCUAAAUUAAAGGAAGAAUUUAGACUCCAUUUUAGGAACAUUUCCAGGAUUAUGGACUGUGUUGGUUGCAUCAAAUGCCGUCUUUGGGGAAAGCUGCAAACUCAGGGCUUGGGAACAGCUCUGAAGAUCCUGUUUUCUGAAAGCCUGAUAGAAAAUAUGCCAGAGAAAGGACCCUCGCCUAAAUUCCAUCUAACGAGGCAGGAAAUUGUGUCCCUAUUCAACGCCUUUGGAAGGAUUUCAACAAGUAUUAAGGAACUGGAAAACUUCAGAAACCUGCUGAGACCUCUCCACUGAAGCUGUUUCCUGAUAAAGACUGGCACUCCUGUUCUCCACUGAUGGUUGCUGCAUCGUGGCCAGGCUAGCCCCCCCAACCCCACCCCGAUCUUGGCAAGAAGGGGGAGCGUGGGAUUGUAAACCGGCAACCUUGCUUCCCCAACUUGCGAGUUUUAUACUGGCCGCAACUCCCGAUGCAAGACUUAAUCUUCCAGGGCUUCCUUGUCCUGUUGUCUUUGUGAUCUGCCAUGCAGCGUCUUACGUGACCGAAUCUCUCUCAAUGGUGGAAGGCAAAUCUGACCUCGGUUAAGUAAUCCUCAGCCUGCAGUUUUCAUUUAAGGAUCUAUGAAGUGCCUUUCUGGAUCAGGCCCAAGCCCAGAGGUUCUUUGCAAGGAUCCCGGUACGGUGCCACCUCUGUUUUAGGGGGUGCAAUGGAGAUACUGCUUCUGGGGAAGACCCCUGCUUUUGAACCAUUUUGUUUUAAUUAGAUGAGAGAGCCGGCAGCUGCCCUUUAAAAAGACCCCCCCCCCCAAAUAAAUGCAGUUAAACUCAAACACAAGUUAGCUCUAAAGCAAUGGGUAGCACUCCUCUUUGGGAGUUUUGGACUAGAAUUCCCACCCAGUGGUGUAGCGUGGAGAGGGUGGUGGUCCACAGGGGGUUGCCUUGGAGCAAAAUUUCAGCACUCGGUUCCAUCACCGGGCUCCGUUGAAAAUGGCUUGUCCAUGCAAACCAGGAACUGGUGAUGCACACUGUUAGGAAGCUGAACGCGCAUGCGUAUUCCAUCCAUUUCCCUGUCUCUGCGCAGCCCCGGGCACCGGCAACCCAUGCUAGGCCACUGCUCCCACCAUCCUACCUAACCAUUGACCACACUGCCAGGAACCAGGAGUCCAAAACAGCCGGGAGGGGGCACCACGUUAACCAUCCCUUGCUCUACAAUGUUGUAUGGCACAGUCCUCAGGGAGGUACGGUAUACAAAGCACACUCCCCAGGGAGAUAUCUCCAUCUGAGCACACCUGGAUACAGGCCAGAUCUGGGCUAGGCAGAAAUUUUCUCUGCUGCCCCAGGGAUCUUCUGCUGGGUCAAAGAUCUUCUCCCCUAUUCUUUUGGAAAAUCCUUACAAGAGCUCUGUAGUGUACCCUGGUCACAGGCCUGUGCUUCGGGUAAGCUGAUAAUCCGCAGUUGCAGACUGCCCUUAGAGCACAGUGUAAAGGUAAAGGGACCCCUGACCAUUCGGCAAGUUUAUGGAGGAGAAGGCUACCAAUGGCUACUAUCCAAUCAACAAAGACUUCCCCUUCGGGCAUCUGAUUGGCCACUGCGUGAACAGGAUGACGGGCCAUUGGUCUGAUCCAGGAAGGUGGUUCUUAGUAUUUUUGGUCCCAGCACUGAACUGUCUGAGUGCCCUGCUGGGUUUCCUCCGCCCGAUCCUUCUCUCUCUGCUUAAUCUUACCUCAUUUUACAAAACGCUUCGCACUCUGGAACUGCUACACUGGUCUCAGGAAAAAGAGAGAGGCUCCCAAAUGAUUUUUUACUGUGAAUGUUAGCAGAGAAGGGCAACCCCCCC